AUGAAAUUUCUCGUUCUUUUUCUUCUUGUCACUUUCAAUUUCUUCUCUCAAUGUUCCAGCUAUCCAAACUCAUUCAGCGAUAAGAGCUGUGGAAAAACAAUAAUGGCUCGUUUCUGGUCAUUAUGCCCAUCUGGAACUGCCACAACUGAUCCCAGAUCUCUUUACUUUGCCACUUUGAUGUGUGGAGUUGGAUUCAGUGAUGAAGAGAUUCAAAGUAUGCUUUGUCCAGACAAUUCAAAUAAUUGA